UUUUUACAGAAGAUAAACUGUAGAAAUGGGCGGCGUUUAUCUAUUUUGCGCGGUGGGUUAUGGGUGUGAGCAGAGAAGUAAAAUGGCGGAAUUGGCAAACGAAGAGAAGCCUGCCAUAGCGCCACCAGUGUUUCUGUUCCAAAAAGAUAAAGCACAGAAGAGAUCAGCUGAUGGAUCGAGUGCAGAAGAUGAAGGUUCAGACAAAGAGGAUGGUGGCUACUGUCCUCCAUUAAAAAGAGAGAGGACUUCAUCUUUAACACAGUUCCCACCUUCACAUUCUGGGUCUAGUAAGAACAAUGUCUUCAUGCCCUCAAGUUUCUGCCAGUCUCCAACUGGGAAUUCAGAGGACUCAGAACCAGAUGAGAAGCCUGUAGGGUUUCGUUUAAAACCACCUACUCUCAUCCACGGCCAGGCGCCUAGUUCAGAUUGUGUUCCAGGCGUCCCCAGUCAGAAACCCAAGGAGCAGCAGCGCAGUGUGCUCCGGCCAGCCUUGCUCCAGGCCCCACCAGUCAAGUCCAACUCAGAGUCCACUAACGGGGUGAAGAAGUCGUCCGACGGAACGUCAGAAGGGUCGAGCAUCUUCCAGAACAAUACUGAGCACUCAGACGUCCUCGCUAAGUCACCGAAACAUGAAAGGGAGGAUGGCGUGAGCAGAGAGAAGAACGAUUGUUCUGCAGAGUCUUCUUUCGUGUUUGGGCAAAAUAUCAAAGACAGAGCAAAGUUGGAAGAGAAUAGUAAAGAUGGCAAGUUGUUACCCCUGGAUUCUCAGGAGGGAACAAACUAUUUCUUACAGUACAUCGCCACCCCCAGUUCAAAGAACGCCAUACACAAUACCGACAAGGGGGCCAAAUUUGUCUUUGGACAGAACAUGUCAGAGAGAGUCCUAAGCCCUUCCAAGGGAGGGGAGGCAUCAGUGGAAGACUGUAAAGUCUUACCAGCUCCCUCUGUGUCUGAAUCCUCUUCCAAGGAAAACAUACCAGAGAAGGGUAACAACGUGACAGAGUCACUGGAGGAAUCUGCAGCAGCGUACACCAAAGCCACAGCCAAGAAGUGCAUCUUGGAGAAGGUAGACGUCAAAACUGGAGAAGAAUCAGAAAGUAACGUUUUGCAGGUCCAGUGCAAGUUGUUUGUGUUUGACAAGACAGCCCAGACGUGGAUAGAGCGGGGUCGAGGGCUGCUCAGGCUUAAUGACAUGGCAUCCACAGACGACGGAUCACUACAAUCACGUCUAGUGAUGCGGACCCAGGGUAGCCUUAGAUUGAUCCUGAACACCAAACUGUGGCCUCAGAUGCAGGUGGACAAGGCCAGCGAGAAGAGUGUCCGYGUCACCGCCAUGGACACAGAGGACCAAGGGGUCAAGGUCUUCCUAAUAUCGGCUAGUUCUAGGGAGGACACAGGUCAGCUGGCAGCAGCGCUGCACCAUCGUAUCCUGGCCCUGAAGAGCCGGGCGGACCAGGAGCCCCAGGAGGCCCCGGCUGCAGACUGCGCCCCCGAGGCUGACUUGCCCCACUCUGAAGGGGACAGCGAUGAGGAAGAUCAGGUCAACAAUGCUGCAGUUAACUCAGAGGGAGGAGAGGCCCAGGCUGCUGGAAGCACAUAGCGUUAGUCCCCCUAAAGGAUUGCCUGCCAGGAUACUGCUACUGCUGUUUGGUCAUUUUACUGAGGGCAUCCCAACGAACACCCUACCCUGACCAACAUGGGUCCUUCAGACCAGUACUUUUGGAUACUCAGAAGUCUAGCUCCAGUUAUUUUUUUCUUUACAUUCAAUCAACAUAAAAACAUCUGGAGUUGUAUUUUAAUUUUUUUUCAUUUUGUUAUAUUUUAGUUUUUUCUAUAUUUUGUUUUCUCAGCUGCAAAAAUAAAUACUUAUUUUUGCAGCUGAGACAAAUUGUUGGGUUUGGGACUUGGCUGCUCAUCAUAUUGAUGAGUGUGGGGGUGUUUUCCUCUCCAACAUUUUAAGGUAUGACUGCAGUUUCUACCUUGGGACUUUUUUACUCACUAGACCACCACCACACCUUUGGGACCCAACCAACCACCCCAGGCCCCAGAGGAACUCCUGUCUGUCACCGUAUACUGACCUGUCUUAUGGUCAGUCAUAUGACUGGUUUCUACAUCAUCCCCAUCCAUUCAGCUUUCACAUGGGGGCUGAUUCCGACCUAAGCGGGCGUAAAUGGAACGUAAUUCCCUUUUUAUGCACUUUUCUCUCUGACCUUGAACUUAAUCCACUAAUAAUUCCACCACCUUUACACGUGAGGAAACCAUGCAUAUGGCAGAAAACUGAAGUAUAUAAAAAUGUCCCACAGUAAAGUUUA